AUGAGUAAUUUAUCACUAUAAUCCUAAUCCUAACUUCCUUAAAUCAAAAAUAAAUUACAUGUUGGAGAGAAUCUCAUGUAUUAGAUACAUAAAAAAGCCUUAUAAGAAUAUUUAUAAAGUGGAAAUAUAGAUUAAAGAAUUGUUUCAAUGAAUUUACUAAAUGUAAGUUAAUUGAAGAAUGAGGAACUUAAUGUACUGCAAUAAUCUCUUACUGCCAAGAACUAAAAAUUGGAAGGAGAUGCAGGCAAAAUAUUAUCUAAAGUAUUUCCAUAAUCUAAUACUUUUUAGUUUAGACCAAAAGUUAAAUCUAAUGGAUUUCCACUAUAUUUUAAGAAACCUGAUUAUGCACAUGAAGAUCAAGAACUCAAUCAAUUAGAAGAACAUCUGUACUGAAUUCAUUUAUUAAAUUAGCAAAAUUGUACUUAAAUCUAAAUUGAAUACCUGUAAAGUUUUUAAUGGUACUUACCUUGUAGAUCCAUCCAUAUAAGAUCUUCAAAGGACUAAUUAAAAAUCUAAAUAACCCUAAUAACUAGUUUACUUUCCUGCCAUUAAAAGAUAACCAAGUCAAGCUACUUUAAGAGAUAGCUAAUAAAUUAAAUAAGUUGUAAAUUAAAGAUUACAUGACUCUGAAUUAACAUUAUAAGAAUUAAGGGAUAGAUAUAAAGAAUCUAAAUUAAGUGAUUUCUAAAAGUAUUUUUUUUAAUUGAUUGAUGAGGGGGAUGUUGGUGAACUAUAAUCUUUAUUCAAAUAAAAAGAAAUAUCCUUAGAUAUACUCAAUAGUCCAAAUCAUAAAGGCUACUAUCCUAUUCAUUUAGCCAUCAAAUAUAAAAAUCCAUAAUUAUUUAAGUUGUUUUAAUAAAAUGGAGCUGAUUUGACUGUGUUAACUAGAAAAAAGAAAUCAAUAAAAUAAUUAUUAGAAAUAUAUUACAAUGAUGAAAUAUAUGAAUUAAUAAAUGGAAAGAAGAAAGGGAAAUUAUAAUUAUGA